AUGACCGACCAAACCGACCUCGAAUACACCCCGCUCCCCAAGUCCACGUACGACGAGUUGAUCUCCGUCAUGCACCGCUGCCGCGACAAGUUCUACCGCCUCGCCAUGGCACACACCGACAUACGCCACCGCGUCACCUUCAGCGAGACUCACUUCCUCACGCUCUGCAGCCUCCUCUUCGUCAUUUUCCCGCUCGACCUCGCGACCGCCCUGCACGACGAGCUGCAGCGCGCCUGGCACACCCACAUGUACGACGCGAGCAUCCUCAGCGCCCUCCCUAUCGUCCUGUUCCGCGUCACCGGCGAACAUGUCUUCCCCAUGCCCUCGAACCUGCGCUCCCUCCUCCACCCCGCCAGCCACGCCAACGCCAACCUCAAGAUCGAGACGACGUACAUCCGCUAUGUCAGGCCGAGCGCGUCACCUUUCGACCGCCACUCGUUGUUCGGCGUCAAGCGCAAGCGUGCGCCAGACGAGGACGAGGCCUAG